AUGCCCAUGAGUCCAGAAGCCAUCGUUCACGUCAUGGUGAUGGCAAGCAAUGUCGCACUGCUGAACAUGCACAGUGCAGUGCUAGCUUGUUCUAGCCAUUUUAAGCCAAAAGACAUUGGCCCCAGUGUGGCUGAUGCCUUCCUCUCAUCUUCUGCUGAGAUUUUACAAGCCAAAGUAGUGGAGAAAAAAGAACUCUCAGGCAAGACACCUGUUCAAGGCAAGACUCAAUCUACCUACCUUGUUGCAAUGGCCAUGAAAUUCGAUGCUGAGUGCAGGGUAAAGCACAAUACCAAUGCUGUUCAGGCUUGUCAGCUUUCUAGUGCAAACCGCAUACUGCAGUGGCAUGUGGAGCUUAUUCCGAAGGUGCUGUGUUCAACUUUUCAUACCAAGAAGACAGAGCAAGAUCGGGUGUGA